CCGCACCUCCUCUCCUCACUCGCUCGAACCCUAGUCUAUGGCGUCGGCGACUCCGGCAGGCGGCGGCGAGGGCGUCCACGGCGGCGGUGAGAUGCCGUUCUGGCCUCCUAGCGGAACGGCUGGCGUCGACGGCGAUGGCGGCGACGACUCCAGCUCCGCGUACUCGACCGACGACGAGGAGGAGUCGAUGUUACUCAGCAUGGAGCAGCGGUUGCGGUUGGCGCAACAGUGGGUGGCGAACCCUAGCAGCAGCCAUGAGUUGACGCAUGGACUUGGCGGCGUGCUUUUGGAUGAAGACAUUUGGCAAGUAAGGAUCCAUUUUGAUACAAGAGAACCAUUGGAGAUGAAGCUGUGUGGUUCAGAUAUUACUUAUCUGAAUUUAGUUGCAGUGAUGGAAACCCAAGGAUUUAAUGCAUAUGAUUGUUUGUUUCACAUUGAAAAUCCAUCUUUAGGAGAGAAAGGGCUGGAUUUGGUAGACAGUCAUGCAGAAUUACAGAAGAUAAAGAGGAAGAUCCAGGACAAAUUGGUGCUUGAUUUGCUAGUCAGGGCUUGUCCACCCCCUGUUACUGAUUUUGAGUUGCAGAAAUGUCAAAUGCCAGAGUUGUCCACUGUGGUGUACCAAGAGCUUGUUGUUUUCGAUCUGAGUGAGCCUCCUAUCUUGAGACUUGUGGACGCGGGAAGUGGGACCUUAGUGGCAUACCUUGCAACCAUGCCAUCUCUGCAAUAAACAAGGCUAAAAGGAAACCAGAGGAUUAUGUCAGCAAAUUCUUCAAGAAAGAUUUUUAUGCUGCAGUUUAUGAACCAAUGAUCUUUCCUGUGCCUGGUGAGCAUGAUUGGACAAGGACCCCUGGUCCAGACAUAGAACCACCUGCAUUCAAAAUCAAGAGAGGAA